GUUAUAGUGAUAAGGCCUCUUUAUUACGGAGAUAGAGAUUCCUUGUAUAUAUUUAUGUAUAUAAAAGAAAAAGGUUUAAUGAUUUGUUAGGUUUUCCCACCGAUUCUAUAAAAAGUGAUAUUCCUCACCGCAAUCGUCUUCGACAACAGAGGUAAACUAAUGGGGGCAGAGGCGAAUCAAGCAGGGCACUUUACGCAACUGGAAACGACGCCGGAGAUUGUUGAUGCCUUGCUCGAGGCUGCUAGAUAUGAUGAUAUUGAUGACAUUAAAAGCUUAGCAUCUGAAGGGGUUUCUCUUGAUUCCAAGGAUUCACUGGGCCGAACAGCGCUUCAUAUGGCUGCAGCGAAUGGGCAUCUUGAUAUUGUAGAGUAUCUUAUCAGCCAAAGAGUGGAUCUCAAUGCUUCUAACGAGGAGAAGAAUACACCUCUUCACUGGGCUUGCCUCAAUGGUCGUAUUGAGGUGGUUAAGAAAUUGAUUCUUGCUGGAGCAAGUUUAAGCACUCUAAACUGCCAUGAACGGACUCCGGUAGACGAAGCUAUUAGUCAAGGAAAAAUGGAUGUUGUUGAUGCAAUUAAUGCAGCUGUAGCACAACUGGAACUUGCUGGUGUCCAAGUUUCUUGAUGCAGGAAGACUGGAAAUUUGAUUAUUUUGGUAUUACAGCUACAGGACGUCAAAGAAGACUGGAAAAAGUUUUUCUUUCUUGGUCUGAAGAUUUUGUGAAGCAUCUUGGAUUUUGCUUGAAACUAACCUAGUGAUGCAAAUGGAGGAAUAAAGAUAAAGAUCCUUACUAUUCAAUCUCUCAAGAUUCAUCUAUGGGAACUUUUCAUAGAUUAUGGCUCUGUAAUUUAGAGUAAAGGUGCAAUUGUUAUUCUUUGAAAUAACAGUUGUAUGAUGAAAAUUUUUCUUUUUAGUCAUAAGAGAAUCAUUAAGUUUUUGUUGGAGGCUGCAAUUUCUGCGUCUUAAGAUGGGAAUUCUCAUUCUGUUUGAACAACUUUCAACCUGCAAUAGUUUGUUUUGAUCUUUACAA